AAAUGGGCCUGUGUAAAAAUACUGACAUGGGUGUGACAGUUGUCCUUGGAAUUGAAAUGGACCAGUUCCUGAACACUGCUGGAGGAGCGGCCAUCCCCAAGAAGCCAAGGAAGAAGUCAAAGACUUCAACCAAACAAGUGGAUGAGGGGAGGACCAGGAAAGAGGCAGUACUUGCGGCUUCAGCUGAGACGGAGGAGGAGGUGCCACAGCUGAAGAGGAAGGGCUGGGAGGAGAGGAGGGCGCUGCAGAAGAAGCAGAGGGUGGUGGAGGAGGAGACGGGGAAUGAGGUCCCUGUGUUCGUACCUCAGCCUUCUCCUGUUGAGCUGGACCCUGAGGUCAGACAGUUGGAGGAGGGGGCUGAGGUACGAGCUCCUGGUAAGGGAAAGGGCCCUAUUCCCCCACUGGGGCCUCAGAGCAGCUUGUUCGAGGCGAAGAACAUAACGGGGGCCAGGUGGUUCAUCAACAACACCUUCCUCGAGAUGGACCAAAGCAACGCGCGGGAGGAAGCUCUGAGGUACGGUGGAGCGUCCGUGGUGAAGCAUGUUCUAGAGGAAUUCAAGGAGAGCCUGAUGGAUCACGCACUCUUGCAGAGGCAGCGGGACCAGCUGCAGAAGGAGAAGGAGGAGUUGGAGAAGAAAAAUAAGGAGCUGCAAGAUUCUCUGAACGAGGUGGUUCCAACCGUUUCACAGUUGGAGCAGGAGAGGGCUUCCCUGAGCACCAAGCUCACUUUUGAGGAGAGCAAACGAAGGAUUGCUGAAAGCGAGCGUGAGGCUCAGGCGCAAGAAAUGAAGCUAAUGACGGAGGCAUUCAAGGAGCUGAAGGGGAACAUGUGGAAUUUAGUGCAUAAUGGGAUGAAGGAGCACAUUAGCAACUUCGUCAGUUCCAGCUCCUUUGAUAGCAUCGUCAACUUGUACCGGCUGCCCACUACCAUCAUCGCUUUCACAGACUGCAGAAAGAAGGUGAAGGCUGAAUAUCCUGAAGUGGAUGUGAUGAAGAUCACCUUUGGCGAGCAAGAAGAAGGAGUGGAGGAGGAUGGCGAGAGCAUGUCAGCAGACUUCCAUCCUCAGAUUAAGCUGAGGUGGGAGAAUGAUGCAGACGGUCUUGCUGUUUUUCCUCCACAGUUCGACUUCGAGUUCGUUGCAGUGGAGGAAGAAGGGGCAGAGGUAGAGGAGGGCGAGAUGGAGGCAGGAGUGGAAGGAACUGAAGUGGGUGAGGUCCAACCAGUUCCAGAAGUGGAGAUUCAUCUAGUUCCUUUUGACGAUGAGCAGCCUCCUCUGUCGGAUGAGCAGCAGCCAACUCAGCCACCUCCUCCAGCUGAGCAGGAGCUAGUGGAGCCACCUCUCCCAUCAGGGAAAUAAUUUUGUUUUUUGAUUUUUUGUAAAGACUAUUAAACAGUUUGUAAUAUUUAUGUUGAAUGAAAAUUCAUUUUUGAAAUUAUGUGUUUAUUUAUGUUUGCCUGCUUAUUAUUAUAUAUUGAUAGAAGAACUGAGACUACUUGAAAAAAGACAGUUAAUAAAAAGAAGUUAAUCAC